GUAGAAACUAGAAAAUGCAUUCCUAGAGCAUCGUGAAUAUAUCGUUAACACUACGGAGAUGCAUAUCGUUUUGUAACAGAGUUACUGGGACACCCUGUAUACAUAGACAGUAUUCUGCGCGAGUGGUGUGGGUCGAAAUUUUAAGGGAGGGGCUGCUCGGAAAUGGCUGUUAUACAUGGGCACGGGGUAGGACGUCCAGAAGAGAGCGAGUGACGCGGUUCAUCCCUGUCUUCCACAUUGACCAAUUGACAUUAUUUUGCAACAAUUGAUACGGUUACCUAAUCGAUAGGCUAUUAUGUGGCGGUUAAGAAGCAAUCCUCGGACUUUUCUUCACCCACCUCCGGAUCUGCUCCAUACGAUUCACUUCGGUAAAAGGUAAAUUCUGCUUUUUUUCCCCUCUCUAUUAGUGCGUUCGAACGUUCUGACAGAAAAGAAAAAUUUAUCGGUGUUCCGUGAACUUUCACCGAUUUCGUGUGCGAAACAUUACGCGGAUGUGAAACUUCUGUGCUAAACUUAAUUUUCAUCUUUUCGAGAAAAGUUGUAACAGUUCGAAACAGAAGAUCGCGCGACGUUACCAAGAGGAAGUAUGAGAUAAAAAGGGUCGUCUCCCUGCUGAACGCACGGCUAGCUUUUAGAUUAGAGCCAUAUGCAGACAAUGAGAGCCAGAAAAGUUAAGUGAAUCAAAAAGAGAGGAAAGCUCUGAAGACUUGAAGAUGUUUGGCUCUUCUUGGAAGAGAGCGUUCCUCUUUUUAUUGAGUGUUUCGUAUUGCUCUAUAGUCCUGUGCGGCACAAAUGUUACCAGGACUGCAAGAGCUUACAGAGGACGACUUCAGUCACCUCACUUGUCAUGGCGUGUAGUCUUGUGUGUAACACAGCCACAAAGCUCUUAUAAAUCAGAUAUUCAGAAAGCAUGGGAGAAAGCAAAAUUACAAUCCUCUCAUGUGGAUAUGAAUCUGUCUUACAUGGAAGAUUCGCCAAAGACAGAGUCACCGACGUAUCCUCUAUCGUUUCUAAACAAAUUCUGUACCGAUAUUAAAGGCGGCAAGACCGUGUUAAGCCUUAUCAUUGGGGGUGGAUCAGCUGCCAGGUUUCUGGUAACAGCAGCGGCCGCUUUGAAUCUUCCAACGUUAUGGAUGCCGUUCAGUCACGAGGAUUAUCUACAACAAGGGAAUCUCGCGCUAUAUGAAAGUCGUAUAGGCUCGAGUACGAGGGAAGUAGGAGCAGCUGCUGCUGCUUUAAUGCACAGGGCGAACUGGCACGCGUUUACUCUCCUCAUCGAUACCACGUUGCUUCCAGUCAGUCAUCUUUUGCAGUCUAAUCAACCAACAUUAACGCCUAGAACCAUCAUACACCUUCCAACGAACGACAAAACGUUAAGAAUGAGAUUGAGGAGGGUAGCAGAGGAAGGAGGAACUGGGGGCGUAAUAGUGAUGGGUUGCGACUUAAACAACGCUCGAAGAAUACUCGCCGCGGCUGGUAAAUUCGAGAUGCUCGGUGGAAGAUUCUUAUGGCUCUGGCUAGACCUUAAAGUCGAAUUAAGACCGAACGAGCCGAAUAUCAUCAGCUCGCAUAUUAUACACAAUUCUAGAGCAGCGAUCGCGACGAACGAGAAUCCAGUUCCGAUAGAGAACACUAAUAGAAACACCCAUCUUGUUGCUGAAACUCAAUUGGCAAUGAAUGCUCUACCAAGUUUGGCCAAUGAUAUACAGAAACUACAAGAGUACAGAUGGCAGAACGACCAGAGCUCUGCGUUUAAGCAAGAAGACAAGGCUUUUGGUUUUGACGACGACGACGAGAUCUUUGUAGCAACGGACAAAGAAUUGAAUUCCAAAGUUUUUAUGCCGGUUGGUAUGCUCGCAUUGAGACCGUCCAACAUAAAAUUAAUGGGCAGCGAUACGAUAUUAUCGAGAAUGAUGAGAGAGACUUUUCAAGCUCUAGACGAGACAUUCUUCGAGAUGAAGUCCAAGCUAAGUACUCUGAGAGAGUCACAGCUAAAUGAUAACUUCAUUCCAGAGUGUUUUCCUGGGAGCAGAGCGAAAUUUCUGAACAGCGAAGUAAGAAGAAACGUUUCUAAGACAUUAACGCGGAAACUAAGACUGUCUGUAGGCCAAAUGUCCAAAGACAAAGCUAAAUUUCAUUUACUAAAUUUGCAAGCCAUAAGAUUUCCAGGGAAUAAGACUCAAUUGAGAUGGACUAAAGUGGGAACUGUUAAAGGUGGAAAAGAGGUUUAUCUCGACAGCAUCAUUUGGCCCGGGGGUGGAAUCGUGCCAGCUUACCUCGAGCAAGGAGGAGAGAAGAUAGGCAUGCCCAUGUACCGUAUCGUAACAGCAUUAGCAUCGCCGUUCACAAUGGUGACGAACUUGCAAGAAGGUAUUUGCCUGAGAGGAAUAUUCUGUCGUCAAGGGAGCACGGUGAUGUGCUGCUACGGUUUAACCAUGGACUUGAUGUCCCUGGUGUCCCGUGAAUUGGGAUUCCGAUACGACUUGUACGUGGUGAAAGACGGUCUGUUUGGGAAAAGGAAUGGUAGAAGUGGUAUGUGGAAUGGUAUAAUGGGAGAGUUGGUCACUGGCAGGGCACAGUUGGCAUUCGCGCCUCUGAGCGUGUCCGCUCAUAGAGCUAAAGUGGUCGACUUCACCACACCUUACUACUUCAGCGGAGUGAGCUUUCUCACGGCGCCAAAACUCCAACCUGCGAUAUCGUUGUUCGCGUUUCUGUUUCCGUUCAGCACCGAGUUGUGGAUCGCUGUCUUCACGUCCUUGAACUUUACUGCCAUAGCAGUAGCACUGUAUGAAUGGUUCAGCCCAUUCGGCUUGAACCCCUGGGGUAGACAACGAAGCAAAAACUUUUCUAUCGCCUCUGCUUGGUGGGUGAUGUGGGGUCUUUUAUGCGGGCAUCUGCUCGCCUUCAAAGCUCCCAAAUCUUGGCCUAACAAGUUUCUGAUUAACAUCUGGGGCGGUUUCUCCGUCAUAUUCGUGGCCACGUAUACGGCAAACAUAGCUGCUCUGAUAGCGGACUUGUUCUUUCAUUCUGCAGUGAGCAGCAACUAUCACGACAAAAGCUUACUGUUGCAAAAGGUUGGCGCACCCAGGGCAUCCGCGGCCGAGUACUAUGUUCAGAAAGCAAAUCCUGAACUGUGGUCGCACAUGGCUCGGUACUCUUUAUCGAACGUUGCAGAGGGAGUCGAGAGAUUAAGGAAUGGCAGUUUAGACAUCCUUAUAGCCGACACACCCAUUCUGGACUUUUAUCGGGCGACGGACGACGGUUGCCGUUUACAGAAGAUAGGCGACACCAUAAAUGAGGACACGUACGCGGUUGCUCUCACGAAGGGACAUCCUUUGAAAGAGAGUAUAUCAAAAGUAAUAGCGAACUACACGAGCACCGGUUUACUAGACAUCUUGCAAGAGAAAUGGUACGGUGGUUUACCUUGCAUCAGAGGAAGAAAAAGCAUAGAUACGGGUUUGGAGCAUAAGCUAGGUGGUCAAGCUAGGCCCUUAGGCGUAGCAUCCGUGGCUGGUGUAUUUUGUCUGCUUGGUAUGGGCGUAGUGCUCGGAACCAUUAUACUAGCCGGAGAACAUUUAUUCUACAAAUACACGUUGCCAAGGCUGAGACACAAGCCAGAGCACUCUAUAUGGCGCAGCCGGAACGUGAUGUUCUUCUCGCAGAAGCUGUACAGGUUUAUCAACUGUGUGGAAUUAGUGUCCCCUCACCAUGCAGCGAGAGAGCUAGUGCACACUGUCAGACAGGGACAGAUCGCGUCCCUGUUUCAGAAGAGCGUCAAACGAAAGGAACACGAACAGCGUCAGAGACGCAAGAGUAAAGCUCAGUUCUUCGAGAUGAUUCAGGAGAUCCGAAGAGUGCAACAGGAAGAAAAGACAGAGACAGCACCGGAGGAGCAGCAACAAAAAUCCGUAUCGACGCUCAAGAAAGAGGACAAGGGGACGAUAAAGGGGCGAGAAAGAAGUCGAAGCAAAAGUCCCCUGAUGCCCCAUAGUCCAAAAAGAUCUGAGAAGAGUAGAAGUUCGACCAAUCUGUCGAGCUCCAGGCUGGGCUUGUCUCCGGUCAGUUUAGAAGCGCCAAUGAAGCCCAGAGAGUUCACUCUGAGCAGUACGAACCUCCGAGCAAGAAGUCCCUUGGAAACGGUUGGUCGUCGACUGAGUCAUGGUGAUGGGGGUUCACCACCUCCGCGUUUAGGCUCUCACCUUGGUGGUAGUGCAACUUUGCGACCUCUGCCUCCGACUAGAAGCGAUUCAGUUGGCACAGGCACAUCCGCGGCUAGAGUCGACCAACCCGGAGGAGGUGGAGCUCCGGCGACGACACCGAGGUACUCUCGCAGCCCAGCGAAACGUGGACAAUCAUUCCCAGUGUUCGCGACCUUGAGGCUGCCGCCGAGUCAUCACCAGUCGUCCAAGAGUCCGCCUCUCCCAUUGACAUCUGCCGUUGGCAGGAAACUGUCUCGGGAUUGGGGUUCGGGCACUAUCGACCUAACCAGGUCCUCCGAGACGGUCGCAGGUAGUGGUGGCGGUGGCGGUGGCGGGUCCACGUACACCUUGAAUCAGGAGAUGACGUUGUCGCUGGAACGGCCGUCGCACGAGAAGAAGAUAAUGAUGCACGAGGUGGUCGGGUUGCAGGUCAAGAAGCCGACCGCCGAAGAAGUCGGCAACUUGCCGGUUAAGAAGACGAUUGAGGAGGUUGGCUUGCCAAUCAAGAAGCCGAUACGACGGGCCAGAAGUCACGAGAACCGGGACACCGGCGGCAAACUGAUGGGGGACUUACCUUCUCCUCGUUUCACCGCUCAACCGGUCGUCGGAGGCCGAUCGGUAAGCGAACGAACCAAAAAACAAUUAGAGUCCGAGCUGAAGGCGAUCCUGACUGCUAGGCAACAUCAUCGCGAUCUGCAUCCUCCUUGAUAGACGGUGCCCGACGGUUUCAGAAUUCUUGCAAGCAUCGGGCGCUUCGGGGAUGAUCGUUGCCUCUGAGGGGCUUUGAUUGAUUUAAGCAAUAUCAGAGAUUUAUAGGUCAAUUUGUAGAGGAAUCCGACAAUUUAAACAAAAGGCAAAAACAACAAAAAAAGCGUUUAAAAGCAAAAAAAAAAGAAAACCAUACGUACACACACAUAGGCACUCUCCAGCAGUACUCUGGGGGUUCGGGGUCUUUAAGGGGUGGGAAGGGUUGUGUAAUAACAAGGCAGACAAGAGAUUUAACGGCGAACGAGGGAAAAUCUCUUUAUCUGUUCAGCGUUGUUGCGUACAUUGAUAAAUUAUAAAUUAGGAUACGUUGGUUAAAGACAGAAGAAAAAAAAAACAGUAAGCAGGAGAGCAAAAAAUACAGCGUGCUAUAAACAUUAGUAGAGAUGUCUUAACGAGUAGCGGAAAAUACUUGCAACCGAGUACUAAAAUAUUUUCUUGUUGGCAUUUGAACUCUACGGAUUAACCCGUCAGCCUGGGCGAGUCUUUCCUCGUUACAACACGAUAUGUAUUAUAUAAACGUAGACGACAUUCCGCACUGCCGUGUAUUUUCUUGACUUUCUUUCUAAUCUACGUUUCCGUUCACGUUGCGUAACGCGGGCUCAAUUACAUUUUUAAAAAUCAUGAUCGUUGUUUCGUUUCCGCAACAUUUGCGGCACACACGUUCCUCGAUCAUCAUGCAUCACGAUCAUUCAAACGAAGAAAGGGGGGGGUGCGCGGGUGUGUGUGUGUGUGUGUGUGUGUGGUCAUGCGUGCGUGCGUGGGUGUUAUUACAAAUCAUGAUAGAAUCGAAAAGAACGAUUUCUCGCACGCGGAAAUUUGUUUCCGGAAAAAUCAGCUUCGAGAACGUGUCCUGAAUUCGAGUAUCCACUUACUUAAUUCGGAUUUGAACGCUCGAAUCUGAGGUCAGAUUCAAGUUCGGAUAUUCGAAUAUUCGGAUAUUGAAUGUAGAUCCGAGUAUCCGAAUAUAUUCCUCUUUUUAGGACAUUGAACUUGUUCCGGUUGCAAUGCGAUUUUUGCAAAACACAUUUGUACAUACUCAUGGAGAUAUCUAGCCCGCUGAAGGGCUGCUUUUAUCCACGCACUGAUAGAAAACACCAAAUAACAAAAUUGUUCAAGCUAAGACACUGAUUGACGUUCGGGAAUAUUUUGCUGAAUCGGAUAAUAUUGCAUCGCAUACUGCCACUUUAUCGUUAGUACGGUAUCUCGGAGGGAGGGAGACUCGCUCAACGGACUCUCGGCACAAAUGACCAUUAAUUACGAAUGGACGCUCAUAAUGUCGUCUAUGUCCCUACUCUGACGCUUUGUAAAGGGGUGCGAUAACGUUCUAAAGAAACGAGGAGAAAUUCGAACGUGUAUCAUUUUUGUACCGAUCGUGGGAAAUCCCCAAUAAGCAAACCCUUAAAAAAAAAUUCGAAGUGUCACGAAGAAGCAAGCAAAGAAUAGGAAAACCAUAACAUAAUAUUGUGAGUUUGCUGUAUUCGUUGAUGAAGCGUGGUAUUACCCUUGAUCGGUUCUUUAGACUGAUAAGGGAUGAGAUUUGUCCCAGGAAUUGCGCAAGACAUCGUUUUCGGAAUUGAAAAAUGAUGGGAAGAAAGAGGAAACAGAGAGAUUUUAUUUAUAAUAGUGCACGAAUAUUGCAUAGACUACCGAAGUCUUAAUGCAACAAUUAAGCGCGGAGUUUCCAUCGCUUCUGAAUCAAUUUGGAAAUAGAGUGAAAAGUUUGAGGACUAAUGGAAAUGCGUAGAAAGUUUAUUUUAUAUAGAUACAGGACAUAUGCUCUCCAAAAGUCCCGCAAAAGUGAAAAGUGUUGGAUUAAAAAAGCGUCGGUUAUCCGUGCACCAUUAUAUCUGUCUUCGAAACCAACUUACUAUUGUUUUCGAGUAGCAUUCAAACGUCGUCAAAUGAAUUAUGAAUAUUGGACUUGUUCCCGCCCCUACUAUUGUCUCUGUUUCUUUCCUUCUCUCUCGUCUUUUCCUGCUAUUCGAUUGCUAGACUCUGUAGAGUGGAUGUAUGGGACUAAAAAGAAAUUAUAAUUUUAAAUAAUUGAUGAGCGAGGCCUUAGGAGUAGUCGAUCCGCCCAAUUCUUUACUUGAAUAGCAUUAUAUCUCGUAUUCCGAAGAAACAACUUUCUCUAUAUUAAUAUCGAAGGUGUAGAGCUAGACGUCGUUUAGUUUCAUAGUUUUCAAAGUAGACCGUUGUAUUUGGACUUAUCUCGAUAAACCUGUUAACCGGGCCCGACUUUAAUCAAUCGUGAGCCAUGCGAACACAACAUAGUUUAUACUAAUAUAGAAUACUAUCCCCACGUAACAGAAUGUAAGAAUUAUUAGUGGUAUAAAUAAGGUGAGGAAACGUUGUUGAACACGCGCGACAAGUUAACUCGUCCUUCCCGAUUAACAGGUUACAGUCUUUAAAGUGUCGAAAUGUAAGCUCUCCCAGUGAAUGUACGUCGUGUGAAUCUUGUUCGACGCAGUAACUUUCAUAAUGAUCAAGUGUCUCUGAUGAGUUCGAUUUUGCUGUAUGAUUCCACACGCACACACACACGCACACACACAUACGCGUGCGCGCUCAUGCAUACGCAUACAUACAGUCGGUCGCAAAAGUUUCCAUACAUAUGGAAAAUUUCAUAUGUCUGAUACAUACAGUGAAUUAAUCUGAUUAAUUUAGUUGCAUUCACUUAAGUUUUAUAAAACACAAAAUGUAUAAAAGAUUCAUCGAACAUUAAUUGAAAAGUUUAUCCAUGUUGAUGAAAUGUGCAAGAUACAUUUGACCGGUGUUUGCACACUUUUAUGACAGACUACACGCGCACGCGCAUUUACACACAAAAACAGACAGGCAACAACUACCGAUGAAAGUGUUCUGAAUAAUUGCAUUACUCAUUCAUUUCGAUUCAAUCGUCAUUUGUACACAAUCGUAAACAUACCACGCGUAUACAUAGUAUACGAAGUGUAAACGCUUCAGAUGGAACACCCUGUAUACAUAGAUUCACGCCAGUCGCUUUUAUCUGACAAUGACAACGCGUUGAUAAACGCGUAGCGUACUCGCCAAUUAAUUACACACAAUGACACCGACAUAUCCUUAUUUUUUAUAUCUUGUUUGAUCAAGAUACAUUAUUUGAUUUCCAUUCAACGUUGUACUGCAAUUCAUUCAGGAGAUAAUCAAAAUACAAAUAUAGGGGGCCAGUUUAGAGUCACCCAAGCCUAAAUAAAUCAAAAAUAGACUUAUUAUAUUAACUGUAGCUAUAAUUUUUUGAUAAGUGGGUUCCGCCGGUAAUUUGGUUCAGUAGUUGUCAUGUAUAUAUAUAUACAUAUAUGUAUAUGUACAUAUAUACAUACAUAGAUGUGUAUAUACUAUAUAUGUAUAUAUAGGAAUAUAUAUGUUGUGUUUGCAAUUCGUUCAGGCAUGUAUAAAAGAAAUCUAUCUUCUGAAAGUCCUUGUACAUACGUGUCUUCUACUAGAUACCUGAAGAGACAUUAUUGCACUGAAUUAAAGGUCGAGCCCCCUACUUCAUUGUGCGCCAACAAGAACCUGUACAAUUGAAAGAAAUUAUGGAAAGAAUAGAGCAAAUACUUUUGUUCAACUGUGUGUACUAUUUUUACUAAUUUAAGUGAAAAGUAAUACAGAGAUUGCUGCAAAAUAUAAGUCGGCCUAUAUAAAAUAAGGUGUAGACUAUUUCUCAGAUAAUUUGUUUCAGUUGAUUUCCAUCUUGAAUACCAUCGAAUGUCUCGUUGCUCUUUUCUUUCCAUCGAUAUUAAAUUGAUAUUAUGAAGUGCUGGCAGUGAUCUGUAAGACAUGCAUUUAAUGCAACUGGAAAUUGAAACAAUGGGCUAAAGAUUGUCACAAGAGAAAGGCUAGCUGUGCGUUGCUCGAUAAGUCUAAAGUACAUCUUUACUAUUUAGUUUUUAGAAAUGUAAAUAGUACUUAAAAUAUUCUUAUUAGCAUCGUAUUAGCCAUAAUAUAUUAAUUCCAUCUCUAAUGGCAAUAAGAUUAUUAUAUACUACAAAGCACUGCCAUAAUUUCAACUAAUGUUAUAUUAAUUUCAAAAUCCUGCCAACUAACAUUACAAUCAUACCAAAUCAAAUAAUGUCUUGUGAAAUACUUUUUCUCAAGUAUUCAAGAUUCAUUGAAAAUAAUCAAAUGUUGCAUACGCAUUUCAUAUACUACUUGACUUUUAUUGAAAAAGUUAAUCAUUGAAUUUUAUGCACAGAAACUUUUAAGUAACGCACGGAAUAAGAUGGAGGCUGGCUGAUAACUUUCUCCUAGUAGUGGCAUCUUGGAAACUUACUAUACGUAUAAGGGAAUCUGUUUUAAUCGUCACCUCAUGGUUCGAAUUCCUUUUGAUACCCUCCUUUUUUGUACCAGGUUACUCUGGUUAGGUAAAAAUACAUCUAAUUAUUGGUUUCUUGAAGAAUUGAUUGGUUUCUUAUUCUGUGCGACAAUGGAGUGUGACAGCCUCCAUUACCACAGUCUAAUUACUAGACCGAGGAUGUUCGUAUACAAAGUUUCAUCAAUUUUUUCUAUUGCCCUAAAUAAAUUAAUACUUCUGUACAAAGAAAAACCAUACAAUGCCACAAAUUUAUCCGCAGUCUGUCGAUUACAUUAAAGUUGCAAAAUCUGUGUCCGAUCUAUCUCGACUUGGCGAUAAACACAGAAGCAGAAAAAUGAAAAAAAAAAAGUAAGAGCACGGUGCAUGCAACUUUAGUGAAAUAGUAACUUCGUAGAGCAUAAAGUAGAGAAACCUUAUGUAGCUAUACCAAUCACGAGUAUUCUGUUAACGCGGUGACUUGUUGGCGUACGGUAUUAGGUUAGGUUCCUCGUAACCUACCUCGUCUCUCUUGUUACGCCUACUAUUACACUGUUAUUGUUGAAAACUCCAUAUUAAUAAGAAAUAAAUAUAUUGUCUCAAAAUACGCGGCGUUAUUAAUUCAUCGAAUACCACGUACAAACUUGGAUAGAGAACAAUCCUGAUCGAUAACGAUCAAUAUUAUGUGUAUCGUCGUCUGCAAGUUUUAUCGAAUAAAGAUCUCUCUAUCUACAAGGCAAUGUUAAGAUAUUUUAAUAAAUUCAAGAGGAUCUAUUAAUAUCGCCGUAGAAGAUCUUCCGUUCAUUUUCUGCAUGUAUUUUAUUACGUUUACUACCAAGGUUGUCGCAUCAAUGCAUAUUUGUAAAUAAACUGACUACAAUUGUUUCUAAAUCAUAUGUACCACGAGGUUUCGUUUAGCUUAUCACAGAAGUCAUUAUAGUAUGUGAAAAACGUUAAAAUUAUUAUGUAUAGAUUAAAAAUUAUAUAAUAUAAAAUUA